AUGUUUGGCCCCUUCCGCAUCACCAACCCCCUGUCGGGCGGCCUGCUGUGGAAGAUUCCCUGGCGCCUGUCCAAGUUCCAGAAGAGACGGCACCGGCUGCGGCUGCGGGCCGUCGACGACGUGGUCGCGACCGUCGACGCCGCGCUGGCCAGGCAAGGGCAGACGCUCGAGGCGCUGGAGCGGUGGAAGGCCGAGAUGCCGACAGAGGCCGAGAUGCUGCCGCGCGAUAAGUACACCAUUUUUGACCGCAAGGCCAAGAGGUAUCGCAAGGGCAUUCACAAACUGCCCAAGUGGACGAGGGUUUCGCAGAGACUCAACCCGCCCGGUUACUGA